AUGCCUCCUAUCGUGGCUAAACGAGAGCUAAGUGGCUGGUUAGCGAGAAACUCCCACAGAACAGAAACUGAGUGGAAACCAAGAGAAAAUGUAAGGAAUUUAAAAAGUAAAAAGGACCAUAAAUUACAAGAGGUGGCGAUCCGUCUAUCCCUCAAGCUUGCUCUUAGCGCAGAUCCACCAGAGACGAACAAGGGACGGGACGCCGAGGAAUGUCCAAUUUCCCUUGGGACCGUUAGCUCAAGCGUUGAGAACCGUUCACAAAUCAUGCGAUGUGCAGCAUCCUUGGGCCCAUCCCUGUCGGACCCGAAAGGGCCUGGAGGGUCGGAACUUGGCGACUCAUGGAGCCAGCACGCGGGUUUAACUGGCAGAUCAAGAGCUGCGUUUUCCCCCAAUUCCCCGACGGUUGUGCCCCGUGUCCUCCUUCAUGGCCUGGGCUGGCAUGGCACUCAGACAGCAAGCAUGUUGGAUCAUCACACCUGGUUGUCUUCAGCAGGCAACCUGUCAAGUGUGAGCGGUGCCACAACCACUGUUGGAGGAGCCGGUGUGGGUGGCUAG